AUGUGUGACGGCAAGAAAUUCUGCGUUGCUGGAGAAAUUCUGGCGAAGUUGGAAGACUCGGGCGACAAAGGCAUGCAUGUUGGGUGCCCACCUUCGCCGCGCAACAUCAUGUCUCUGUAUCAAACCUUCCAAGCUUGCCAGAGUGAAACCGGAAACAAACAUGAAUCGCCGCUGUCUCGGCUGGAGAAGGGAGCUUUUGUAUUUGUGAUAUCUGAGAGUAUGAACCAGAGUCAAAGUCUCAAGUCAUACUCCCCCCAUGUGCCAGUCUGCGCCCCGCUUUGUAGGCUUGGCUUAGACACCACCUUCCAUACCACCUUCCAUACCACCUUCUACCUACCCACCACCUUCCACCUAUGCUUGUUUCUAUUCUAA